AUGACUUCUAACUUGAAGUUGACAUCCACAGAUGGUGUGCCAUUUGAGCAUGUGAGCCUGUACAGAUCUGUUGUUGGAAGCCUCCAAUACCUCACUGUCACCAGGCCUGAAAUUGCGUUCUGCGUCAACAAAGUCUGCCAAUUUAUGCAAGCUCCGCUGGAUAAGCAUUGGAAGGCGGUAAAGCGUAUCCUCAGGUAUCUGCAAGGCACAAGGACCAUGGGGCUUCAUCUGCGCAAAGCUACUGAGUUGAUCCUUACAGGAUAUACUGACUCUGAUUGGGCCUCAGACAUUGAGGAUCGCAAAUCCACUGCUGGCUAUUGUGUCAUGUUUGGGCCGAACCCUGUUUCUUGGUGCUCAAAGAAGCAGGCUGCAGUAUCUCGUUCCAGCACAGAGGCUGAGUACCGUGGCAUUGCCAAUGUGGUAGCCGAGCUGCUCUGGAUUCGAAAUCUACUUGGUGAAAUUCACAUUCUUGUACCUACCCCCAAAGUGUAUUGUGACAAUGCAGGUGUUGUGUUAAUGUCCGCAAAUCCUGUGCUUCAUUCUCGCUCAAAGCAUUUUGAGAUUGAUCUCCAUUUGGUGCGAGACCAUGUAGCCAAAGGGCGAGUCCAGAUUCAUCAUAUCCCUGGAGAUGCUCAAAUUGCCGAUGUCAUGACUAAGGCAGUAAGCUCCUCAUGGUUUGCAACUUUUCGAUCCAAACUCAAGAUUGAGCAACCUCAAUCGUUAAGUUUGAGGGGGAAUGACAGGAUAAUAGAACAGAAUAACAGAAGUUUGUUAGAGUCACUUAGCAAUUAG